AUGCCUGAUCAGGACGUAUAUCGCAAAGUCGGCCGAGGCGGUGCUGGUAAUUUUGUAUCAAGCAAACCUGAAGAUGCCGCCAACGCCGAUCUUGAAGCACAGAACCUAGCCACAGAAGAAGUCCAGCCCUCCGUCAACGGCCCAUCACGAGCUGGCCGUGGUGGCUUCGGCAAUUACGUCAAUCCAGAGGAACUACCAGAUGCCAAAGAGCAAGACGAGAUGGCUCAGAAGACAGCGGCUGCUGUGAAUGUAAGCCUCAAGAAGAAUCACGUCGCGAGGGGAGGACUUGGUGGCAGAGGUGGAGCCGGAAACUGGAAGCAUGCUAUUUCAUUUGAAGAAGAGGAGAGGAUGAGAGAAGAAGAAAAAUUGAGAGGUGAGCAAUUGGCCAAGAAGGUGAAGGACGAGGUUGAUCAGGGUCUAAGAAUGCCCGAAAAGGCCCAUCACGGACAUCAUGUUAAGCAUAACGAACAAUGA